AUGGCAGCAUGGGACAGCCUGAUACCUAAGGGCCGUGGCUGGAUAAAACACCCUGAACUCAAUGAUGGACAGCUCUCGAGCGUGAGCGUCUUUCACCAGUUGCAUUGCCUCAAUGAUGUGAGGAGAGUGUACUAUGGCUUGACGAACGCUUCGGACGAGGCACUCGAUAUGUGGCAUUUCACGCCGAGUCAUAUGAGGCAUUGCUUUGAAUACAUCCGACAAGAACUGAUGUGUGCCGCCGACUCAAGCCUCGAACCAUGGCAAGACGAAGUCGGAGGCGCAACAGGCUGGAACGUCCAACGACAAUGCCGCGACUACGACUACCUCAAAGACUUCGCUGAGAAGUGGCGCGCAGACAACUACGAAGGGUUCGAAGAUGUCGACGUCUUCAAUAUCACGACAGGGGAGGGCGUGAAGCCUAGCGAUUUGCCAGAGGUACUUCAUGAUUCAUGA